AUGAAGAUUGCACCUGGGAAGGGAAUCAAGAGAGUUGCCUUUCGUACUGCUUCAGCCACGGUGUUCACCCUAAGAUCCUGCAUUCAAAAGUUGAUUGAGGAUGGAAUUAUUGAUAAUGAAGGAACUCCAACAAAGAAACAGAUGUUGCAUUUGUCACCAAAAAUGAUUGCCAUGAGCGCAGAUCACUUAGGUUCGACCUCCCUUGGCAACAUAAAACUGCAGAAACUGAAGGAUUUCAAAGCACUGUGGCAUCCCGUGGGCAUACAGUUAGUUGGGCUCCUCAACAGAGUCCUGGCACAUCCUCCCGUUGCUUGCUUCAUGAGCCACUGUGGAUGGAACUCCACUAUGGAAGGUAUUUGCAAUGGGGUGCCUUUCUUGUGCUGGCCCUUCUUUGGUGACCAGAUGCAUAAUGAGAACUACAUUUGCAAUGUUUGGAAGGUUGGAAUUGGGUUCAACCGAGAUGAAAGACCGCUCAUUACAGGGAAAGAAAUUAAAACUAAACUGGAAGAACUGCUGGAGAAUGGAAAGUAUAAGGCAAAAGUAUUGGAUCUCAAGGAAAGGGUGACGAACUGUAUCAAAGAAGGUGGCAGCUCCCACAACAAUUUAAAACAUUUUGUUAAAUGA